CUAGGAGUAUCUGAGGGGGUAUUUAGGACUGCUCCAACCCAUCAGUACCUGCAGCUCUCUCCUCCAGCCUGGAUCUUGUCAGCUGUCUGUCCCAGCCCAAGCAAUGGGAGCACCACUGCUCCUCUUAGCCCUGACCCUAUUCCCAGUUGCAGCUGCAGAAAGCCUGGAACCUCACUACAUGGUGGUGUUCCCUGCUAUCAUUCAGCAGUCCCACGAGGAGAAGCUCUACAUUCACCUCAGCUCCCUAACUGAGGCUGUCCAUCUGGCCAUCACCUUGCAGACAGAAACCCAGAAUCACACCCUGGUGGAGCAGGAUGUGGAGAAGCCAGGCACUUUUCAGAGUAUCACCUUCCAGGUGCCAGACCUCAUGUUAAUCCCCAUGAAAAGAGAUUAUUCCGGGACACAGUCAGAGGAGGUGGCUUUUCUGCAUGUCCUUAUCCACAGUGGAGACAAUGUGCUCCUUGAGGGUCACAAGAAAGUUCUGGUUAAGCCCCAGAAGAAUAUAAUUCUGAUAGAGACAGACAAGGGCUUAUACAAACCUGGAGAAACAGUGAAAUUUCGAAUUGUGAACCUUGAUGAGAACCUUAAGGUCAUCAAAAAUGAGUAUUCCCAGAUAUGGCUACAGGAUCCUGAAUACAACCGUGUUGCUGAGUGGCUGAAUGUAAGGUCAAAUCAUGGCAUUGUGGAUCUGUCUUUCCCCCUGGCAUCUGAAGCAUCCCUUGGGAAAUAUACCAUCUCAGUGCAGCAGGGCAUGGCUCAAAAAACCUUCCGUGUUGAGGAAUAUGUGCUGAAAAAAUUUGAGAUGAAAAUUGAGCACCCUCCACAUAUCACUACAGCAGAUGAGGAAUUUCAGCUGGUUGUCUGUGGCAAGUAUACUUAUGGGAAGCCUGUUCAAGGGAAAGUAAACAUUACUGUUAUGACACCAUCCCAGGCCAUGGGAGGCGAUAUUACAAGUUCAGCGAUUCAGAAACAAAACAGCUGGACAAAUAAGGAUGGCUGCACUACUUUCACAAUGAAGACAGAAGCUCUGGAAAUAAAUGAAGCUGACAAACACAUAAUUGCAGUAGGAGAAAUGGUGGAAAACGGAACAGGAGCCCAUUCUAUGGAAACUGCUUUAAUUCCUGUUGCAACGACAAUGAAAUCUGUAGAGUUUAUCAACCUCCAUCCGUUCUACAAACAUGGGAUACCAUACACAGGGAAGAUGUUCUGCCACAGUGCAAAGUCUCCCCUCAGAAAUGUAACAAUCCAUCUAAUAGUUGACGUCAAUGAUGAGGAGACACAGCUGUCACUCCUCACAGAUGAGAACGGAGAAGCUCACUUCACACUGGAUACCACCAGCUGGAACAGCACUAUGGUUUCUCUGAGGGGUACCUACAACCCUCCACGUGAUGACAGACCAUCUUUUGAGAUUGAAGAAGAGGACAGCUUCCACUGGCUGAAACCUUUCUACUCUGAGAGCAACAGCUUUCUUGAGAUCAAGGCCAAGGAUGAUGUGAUGUCCUGUGAUCAAGAGCAGGAAGUGCAGGUGGAUUAUAUCCUUUCCCAGAAUAAACUCAGCUCUGAAGAAGACCACAUUGAUUUCUACUAUUUGGUGAUAGCAAAAGGCAAGAUCCUUUUCAGCAGAGCAAAGAAGGUGCCAAUUACCCAGCAUGAGAAUCUGCAGGGCUCCUUCUCAUUGACUCUGCCUGUUGGCAAUGAGUUCCUGCCUGGCAUCAAGCUUCUGGUGUAUGCCGUGUUCUCAGAUGGAGAGGUGGUGGCUGAUGUGGAGCAGUUUGAAGUAGAAAAGUGCUUCAGACAUAAGGUGGCACUGGAAUUCUCACACAAGGAGGAGGUCCCAGGAUCAAAAGUCAGACUGAACCUCAAGGCUGCCCCAGGGUCCUUGUGCUCUGUGCAAGCUGUUGACAAGAGUGUCCUCCUGAAGAAGAACCAAACCCUAACAGCUGACAGCUUGUAUGAGGAAAUCUUUGAGGACAGCUUCACAGUCGGAGGCCGAGGCUUGCCUUACCGCUUGGAAGACUUUGAGGCAUACCCUUGCCUGCCCCAGCAGCCCAGGCCCCACAAAAAGGCUUGGAUGGGUGCACCAUGGUACCAAAGUGAGGCUGAUGUCUAUAGCCUGUUUAAGAAACUGCGCAUGAAAAUAUUUACCAACACUAGAAUCAAGAAACCUGUUUCCUGUGUGCUUCCAGAGUUUAAAAAAAAGAUAUAUCUAAAAAACCAGUCUAUACAUGGCAGCCCAGGUACCCUUGCUGAUUCUGAACCUCGCUCCGAUGACAAGGAGAAGCCAAAACCACGGACGCUUUUCCCAGAGACCUGGAUUUGGGAUUUGGUCUCUGUUGGGGGCGAUGGACAAGCAUCUCUCCACGUUGCUGUACCUGACACCAUCACAGAAUGGAAUGCCAACACCUUCUGUGUUGCUGAUACUGGCUUUGGUUUCUCACCUCUGACCUCUCUUAGAGUCUUCCAGCCAUUCUUUGUGGAUGUAUCGCUGCCAUACUCUGUGAUCCAAGGAGAGACUUUCAGUCUAAAAGCCACUGUCUUCAACUACCUCAAGGACUGUAUCCAGGUCCACACCACCCUCAUGGAGACCCCAGAACUGAAGGUGGAUGCCUGUCCAAGCUGCCAGUUCACCAGCUGCCUCUGUGCCAACAAAGCAGAAACCUUUGUGUGGAAAGUGACGGCAACCAAGCUGGGCAGAGUGAAUGUCACCGUGAGCAGCGUGGCAGAGGAGUCACACGGCCUGUGUGGUAACAGGACUGCUGUGACACCUUCACAAGGAGGGAGAGACACAGUGAUAAAAUCUCUGCUUGUGAAGCCAGGCGGUGUCCUACAAGAGAAGACCCAAAAUGCCUUUCUCUGUCCUGCAGAUAACACCAUCUCUGAAGAGUUCUCCCUGACUCUGCCUGCAGAAGUGCUGGAGGGAUCUGCCCGAGUCACAUUCUCUGUGAUUGGUGACAUCAUGGGUCCAGCACUUCAAAAUUUAGACAGGCUGCUAAGCAUGCCCUUUGGCUGUGGUGAACAGAACAUGGUCCUGUUUGCACCAAACAUCUUCAUACUCCAGUACCUGAACAAGACUAAACAACUGAACCCAGAAAUUAAGGAUAAAGCAUUGACAUUUCUGACAACAGGUUACCAGCGUCAGCUGCUCUACAAACACGACGAUGGCUCCUACAGUGCCUUUGGGAAAGGGGAUGAGCAGGGCAACACGUGGCUGACAGCUUUUGUAGCCAGGUCCUUUGGCCAGGCCAGCUCUCACAUUUACAUCGACAAGGAGCACGUGCACAGCGCUCUGCGCUGGCUGCAGAAGCAGCAGCUGCCCAGUGGCUGCUUCCAGAGUGUGGGGAAGCUCUUCAACAAUGACCUGAAGGGUGGUGUGGAUGAUACGAUCUCAUUAACAGCCUAUAUUGCUGCUGCACUGGUGGAACUCGAUCUGGAGAGGAAUGACACCAUGUUGGAUAAUGCCUUACACUGCCUCAAGAAGGUAACACUUGAUGAGACAAGCCUUUAUGUCAAGGCUUUGAUGGCUUAUGUCUUCACACUGAGUAAGGACAUGGAGAUGAGAAAGCAGCUCCUGGAUAUGAUAGAGAAGGAAACUGCACAGCUACUGACACCACAAUCUGAUGAUGAAAAGUCCUCUUCCACGAUUGAGACAGUAGCCUACAUCAUCCUGGCUCAUGUCUCCAAACCAGACUUGUCACACAGUGAAGCCUCCGUGAGCAAGCUUGUGCACUGGCUCAGUGGACAAAGAAAUGCCUUUGGAGGAUUUGCUUCCACACAGGACACGGUUGUCAGCCUGCAGGCCCUCGCUCAGUAUGCAGCCCUGAUUCCUCAGGAGAUCAGAGAUGUCAAGGUGGCAGUGAAAGGGAAGGGGGCUUCUCCACUGGAGUUCCAUGUGCACAGGAACAACAAGCUGGUCCUGCAUCAGGCAUCUCUCCUUGCAGACACAGGGACCUACACAGUGCAAGCAACAGGCAGUGGCUGUGUUUACGUCCAGACUACUUUGUACUAUAACAUCCCACCACCAAAAACAGAAGAGGUCUUUGUCCUGGAUGUGGAAACAGUACCAAGAGAAUGUGAUGGUGUCAGGAAAGAGUUUGACAUCCAUGUGUCUGUCAGAUAUGUAGGGGACCGUGGGACAAGUAACAUGGCCCUGGUGGAGGUGGAGAUGCUGUCAGGGUUCAUUCCUCUUCAGAGCUCUGUGAAAGAGCUGGAGAAGGUACCCCUUGUGAAAAAGACAGAGGUAAAACCAGACAAAAUCACAAUCUACUUGGAGGAGCUGGGUGAGAGUUCUCUGAAGCUUAACAUCUCAGUGGAACAAGAUGUUGAAGUGCAAAAUCUGAAAGCUGCAACAGUGCACAUCUAUGACUACUAUAAGCCAGAUGACCGCACGGCAAGAGAAUACGCUUUCCCUUGCAGUUCAGGUUAGUAUUAACAGACUUCCAGCUGGAACAGAGCAGAGGAAUGGUGGUGCCUCAAGGCAGGUUUCCUCCUAGUAUGCUCUGACUCUGCAACCUGAGUUUUCUGCCUUUAUAAGGAAAACAUUGCUUCAGCUCUCCUCUUCCCUGCUGUGUUGGCAGCACCCUAUUUCAUUUGCCCUAUGUUUCUAUGUGAAAACUGCCUUAAUACACAUUAGUUUGAGAGAAAACAAAAUAAAGCAUGUGGAACCUGUAAAGAAGGCAGUGACUUGACAGCUGAUGAAGAUUUCAGCACAUGAAAAAGAGGGAAACACUGUGCAUGUUAUGGCUACAUACUUUGCAUUUGGUUACCAUAAUGGUUUAAAUCUCUCUCCUCUUCAAGUCCCAUUUCUGAGCUCCUUUUUUAUUAUUAACUCAACUAACACCAUGGUUGAUCUGCAACCAAACUCCAUGUGAAAAAACCCUCUCAUUUUUAACCCUGAUCUGGUUUACUACCUGACCCUGUAAUUUUUCUGUCACAACUGAAGAGUAGGAGCAGGCAAGGGAAUGCUGAGGAAGAAAUACUUUACCAGUUCAUUCAGACAGAAAAGGCCUGUACAGCAAAGUCUUAUGAAGUGAGGGCAUGAAACCAAAAUAACACUCACUCCAAAUUCACUACAUGUUUAGACUCUGACAACACCUAGUCCCAUCCUGUCAAGACAUUAACCCAAAUGACUAAUCCUUACCUGUGGCACUACCUAAAAAAGACAACAAACUGAGGAAUUUCAGGAUGCAGCACAUGCAACAAGACAACAGAGUGUAUGCAGAUGGCUCAGCGGGAUACUCAGUGCCAUCAGGAAGAUAGCACUCAUGAAAAGGGGGAUACUAGAUAAGAAAAAAUGGGUACUAGUUUUACAGAGCUGAUUGCCAAAAGAGAAAUUACCAGGACAGUCAUGCCAAAAAUUUGAAGUAACAAGGCCAGGGGCAAUGGAAAAAAAGUGAACAAGAUAAGCUGGGGAUUUGGGAAGCAAUGACAAAAAAGGGGAAAAAGGAACAUGAAUGAAGGAGGUGAUGUGACAAGGAUUGCUUGGGUUAUCCCUGUGUAGUAGCCAUUUGCCUGAUCAAUACAGUUUGCAAAAGGAGAGCAAAUAUGGUUUUUUCUAUGACCAUUCAGAACAAUUGGUUCAAAAAGUAGGCAGAACCAGCCCUUCCACACGGGGACAAAAAGAAAAUAAAAGCCUCACUGCAGUGCUUAACAAGCAUUUAGGGGAGGUAGAAAACCUGAGGAACCAAGGGAUACAUUCUGUGGACAGCUGAUACAAAAAGUGGACAGGGUUGAGUUCAGGGAAGCAAAAAUAGGAAAGGACUGAUCAGGCCUGCAAGGAUUGUUCCCCUAGCAUUGUCCCUUCCCGAGACAUUGUAGGAAUCAACAGAGACUGUUCAAUGAUGCUCUGCAAAGGGAGCUAAGCGAGACCUGUUGCCUGUCCUAAUUGCCUUCUUGGCAAGUCUCUUCCUCUAGAUAUUUGGUCUGGACUGGAAGAGCUUUGGGGUCAAAGCCCUCUGAUCUGUUAAACUUCAGAGAGGGAGGUUGCAAAUAAAACCUGAAGCCUGUAA